AUGAGAGUCAGUAAUGAUUGCCUGGAGGUGGCUUUUGAGUAUUGUGCUCUCAUUGAUCUACUUGUAUCUGUGUUCUUGUUUGCUUGUAUGUAUUCAAUGUUAUUUAUUUGUUUUCAUGACAAGAUCGUUCUGGUAUAUAUUGAGAAUAUACGAUUCAACUCGGCCAAAAAUUUUUUUAACAAGAAAAGUCCUCAGCUAACCUACCCUACUACUCCUACUACCAUCACUGUCAAGUCAAUGAUGCAGAGUGACGGAGGCGGUCCGGAUGAUGGAGGAUCAGAAUCGUUUUCCUGGUUCAUGUACCUCUUGAACGAAAAUUUAAUUGAGGAACAUCUUGAGAAGUUGAAUUCUGAACGCCAAGCAGUGAAUCUUAUAUCAAUCUUCCUCUACCAGGCCGAAGUAGCAGCCAGCAAUCUUAAAGAACUUAAUGAAGAAAGGGAUAAUGUGGAAAAUAACAAAAUAAGAUGCCUGAAAAUGCUUGCUUUGAAGGCUGCCUCACAUCUGAAUUGGAAUCUGGAAUACCUCCAUAAAAAUUUGUCACCAGGCUUCAUGCACAGCCUGCUCGUGGAAUGGAUCCGACUGACAUGUGACAAGGAUCUCCACAGGCUUCCAUUGGCCGAGAUUGAUGUCAACAACUUGUUUCCACAGACCAUCAUAGCAUUAGCUUCCUACUACUGCUGGUGCUUGAAAUUCCUGGUCGAGGAUCGAUUCCCUGUCAAACCUCCAAAAGUUCCACACGUUCAAAUACCAGGCUUGUUGGAUCCAAGCUUGCAGACAGCAGUAACUAAAGAGAUGGUCAUGAAAAUUGAUAAUGAAGAUAAUGUGGUUGAUGUUCUGGCUUCCAUGCUAAGCAACAGAAAUGUUUCAGGCAUGUUACCCAUCAUGAAGAGUAUCUCAAUGAAGCCGUCAAACAACAGCAACAAAGAUGUCAUACUUAGCUGCAAUAGUAGCGCUAAGAAUGGCAACAAAAUCGCUAGCUGUGAUUGGUCCAUGUGUAAAGUCGUCUCAACCAAUGAAAUUCAUUGUCAGAUACAGUACGCCCUUGGUGGCUGGUACUUUAUGAAGAGGAGGUAUGAUAAGGCCCUGACCUCUUUUGAACAGUGCAACAGGCUUCAACUACUGAUCAGUGAUCCAAUUUUCAUGACCAUCAAUUCUGCCAAAUGUUCUGGAUAUUUGAAAGCUUGCUCAGUUGAAAAUUGUGCGCGUGUUAACAUCAACAGAUCGGACAGUCUGUAUGAAGAGGUCCUGGUCUGCAAUACAAUUCGGCGGAUCAUGUAUGGCAAGGUCGUUGCCUUUCAGUUCAUCCGGAUUAUCAACUAUACUGAUGGCCUUGUCGAGUUUUUUCUCAAGGUAUCUAUGCGUCAGUACCUUUCCACAACUCAACUUCAUACAACGCCUGAUGAAGACUCACCUUUCUGGACUGUUCACAAAAGAAGAACUGAUGAUGACAGCUUAAGGACAAGCAACCUAGAGCAGAAGCUGCUGAUGACCUAUGACCCGACACACAUUCAUGACCUCAUCCUCAAGUUGCAGAGGCUUGACGUCGUAACUCUCACCGAUAAGUGGAGACUAACAAAUGAUAUACAACUUGUCCUUAUGUCUUCGAGGACAACAAUGAAUCAAUCAACAUUCACUAUCACACUCGUUCACAUCCUCAUCGCUAAGGCCAGAUCAUGUCUAGAGUCUAAAAUGUACAACAAAGCUGACGAACUUCUAGCGUAUGCCAGCAACAAAUUGAAAUAUACAACCAUGUUCAAAGUUGUCAAGUUGUUGAAGUGGGAGGUUCUCAGGGCUGACCUCACGAGGGUCAUUGAUAGGUCAAAGGUCAAACAUUUUCUACAUUAA